CCAAGAGCUGAAAAUACCAUAUGUCGAUGAACACGCCCAUUGGCUUUAUAGCACCUUUGUAGAAUUCCUAGCGCAUACCUAGGUACCACCUAUAUGUCGAAUAUAGGUUAGUCGAUAGUGAAUCAACAUGGGAUUCUUCACCCGAUCCAAGAAGAAGCAGUCGCCGGAGAACCCUCAAUACAUGAUCGACAAAUCCAUACCAGCUCCGUCACAGUCACAAGUACCACAGCAAUGGAAUCCUCAUGACAGACCACGCCAAACCGUCGGCCCUGGGAAACCCGCUGGCUAUUUACAUCCUCCGCCAUCUACUUGGAACAACACGCUGCCUCUUAGUUCAACCUCACCACCUCAGUACCAUAAUUCACACAACCAGCAACAAUAUGCACCUAUUGUCGUAAAUCAAUACUACUAUGGCCCAUCCAACGCUCAUCCACCCCAUUCAUUGGCGGCACCUUAUCCUUAUAGCAAUGGUGCCUGUGCGGCUAGCCGACUCAAGCUUGGACCUGUUGCUAAUUUAGCAAAUGAUUUGAUUCCCGGAAACAUAGCACACCAGGUACUGAAUGAUGGACUCCCUCCGUGGCAUGCCUAUGGCACUCAGCUACUCAACCAGAGUGCCGCGAUGUUCGACCAAAUCUAUAGCAACUUCAACAACGUGAUGACGUUAAUUGACCGGGACAAAUACAUUGGCGACGAGAAUGACUUAUUCGUUUAUCAACCCAAUUCAACACCCACCCCACCAAGUGAACUCCAGCAACAGGUCAUCCUACCUAAGGGACAUGCAAAGAAGAGUAAUAAAAAGGAAACGUCGAAAGGACAGGCGGCCGCAAUUGCUUCGUCACUUGCAUCUCGAGGUCAUUUCGCCAAGGUAGAGCUAUAUGCAAAUUCAAAGCUGCCGCUCAACCUAUCCUCUGCUAAUAUAUCUAUCCAUAAAUACCCUCUCAUAUGUCUGGCGGCGAAGUACUCAGAAAGGGUAUACGAGAGUCCACGAGGGGACGAGCGUGAUUUUCACGUUGAUGCUGAUUGGAGGACCGGUGCCAAAGCGAUGCGUAUCAAGACAGUUCCAAUAGAUGAUAUGAACACCAUUGUCUUCGCCAUUCGAGGAACAGCAACAUUUAUGGAUUGGUCCGUGAAUCUGAAUACCAACCCAACAGCUCCUACCGGAUUCCUUGAUGAUGAAAAUAAUCUAUGCCAUGCAGGCUUCCUGUCUGUAGCACGCAAGAUGAUCCCCCAAAUUGCCGCCAGACUCCGUCAAUUUCUAGAAGAGGAUUCGCAACGAAAAUGUGAAUCCUACUCACUUCUGCUUACAGGGCAUUCUGCUGGAGGUGCAAUCGCCGCACUUCUAUAUGCACAUAUGCUAUCCACGUCUACGACAGCGUCGUCAGAGCUUAAUCAUCUCAGGAAUUGCUUUCAGAAAAUACACUGCAUCACAUUCGGGGCGCCACCCGUUUCAUUAUCGCCUUUACAAACCCCUACGAAAUCCAGAUUCAGAAAUUCUACAUUUUUAAGCUUCAUUAAUGAAGGGGAUCCUGUUGCGAGAGCCGAUAAAGCCUAUGUCAAAAGCCUCCUCGAACUUUUCGUUGCCCCAGCCCCAACCGAUAGCAAAGGGCCGCCCACCAAACCUCCUCCCUCGAAAGGGUCAUCUUCAAAACAUAGUAAAACUCAUGGUAAUCAUUCCAGUACAUCUCUUACUUCGAAAACGUCAAAGACGUCUGCGAAGUCCAGCCGCUCAUCAUCCCACUCAUCUUCGAAGUCAAGCAAACCAAAGCCCUCAGGUCCAAUAUGGAAGGUUCCGGAAAGCUCUUUAAGCAAUGCAGGAGAAAUUGUGGUGCUGAGGUCCGGAGAUCUGAACCCGAAAUUCAGACGAACGAAAACCGUCGAAAAACGAUUAAGCGAAGGGGUCAUCGCGCAGAGGGCUUCCGAUGAGCAGCUAAGAGGUCAAAUAUGGGGCGACCCCGUAUGCCACGUAAUGAAACUCUACUCUGGUCGCGUCAAACAAUUGGCAGUUGAUGCCGUUACCGCGAAGGGACAUUGAUAUUCUAGAUUUUUUUUUUUUAAAAAAAACGAGAUAAAACUUGGACAAGGCGCUACUUGAUCCAGUACGACUUUAC